AUGGCCGACGUCGUUGCAGCGACUGUCGCUGCGCUCACCGGCGGCCUCGCGCUGGUCGGCGUCCGCUUUCUCCGACGCGGCCAGGCGCUUCGGGCGCUGCCAGGGCCCCGCAGCACGAGCGUCGUCUACGGGAACGCGCGCGAGUUUGGCAAGACGCGCUGGCACGACGGCCAGCGCUUCCCGGCGCCAUUUGUCUCGUGGCAAAACGACUUUGGCGGCGCGUUUCACUACCGGGUGUUCUGGCACCACCGCGUCAAUCUCAGCGAUCCAACGUCGCUCCAGCAUGUGUUUGUGGUCAACGCGGCCAACUACCCCCGCGCCAGCAUUCCGCGGGCGCUCUUUCAAAAUUUGCUUGGUGGCGACGGUCUCCUGAGCUCGGAAGACCCGGCGCACGCGGCGCAACGCAAGCGCCUCAACCCUCACUUUGCUCAGUCGAUCUUCAAAGGGUACAUUCCAGUGUUUGCGGGCGAGACCGAGACGCUCGCCUCGACGCUGGGCACGCUAACCGGACCAGUGUCGGUUCCGGACUUGAUGACGCGCCUGACGCUCAACAUCAUUGGCAAAACCGCGUUCGGCUAUGACUUUGAAACGCUCGACCCGACAAACAAACGGGCAGCGAUCGCUCUCGAGGCCUUUGAGAAGCUCAACACGCCACCGCGCUUCCUCUACACGCUCGGCCUGACGCUAUUACCCGGGUUCCAACACUGGCCGCUACCCUACUUGCGGCAGAUCCAAACCGCCAAGUCGACGCUCUUUCGCAUCGUCGAUGACGUGAUUGCACACAAGGUGGCGUCACCGGCGCCGGCCCGCGACCUUCUCGACCUCUUGCUGGCCGACGCGGCGAUGACGCCCACCGAAGCCCGGGUGCACGUCAUGACGUUUAUGUUUGCGGGCCACGAGACGACGAGCAACACGCUCUCCUGGGUGUUGGCGAUGCUGGCGACGCACCCUGCUGUCGAAGCCGCGGUCGUCGACGAGUGCCGUCGCGCCUUGGCCAACGCCGGCGGUGCCGUGUCGUGGCAGACGCUAAGCGACCUCCCUCUGCUCACAGCGACGAUCUAUGAGACUCUGCGUCUGUACCCGACGGCUCCAUUCAUCACGACCCGUCAUUGCGUUGCCGAUGAUUCGAUUCCGCGCACGGACGAUGCUCCGUUCUUCAUGCCCGCGGGAGCGCACGUGUCGUUUAGCGUCGGCGCCAUCCACCGGAAUCCACGAUACUGGACCAACCCUGAUGCGUUUGUGCCCCAGCGAUUUCUGGACGACUCGACGGAAGCUCUCGCCGACAAGGCGCUCCGAAACGGCAAGGGCAAUACGUUCACGUACAUGCCGUUCAGUGCCGGCGCCAAGAACUGCAUCGGGAAGCGCUUUGCCAUUGCUGAGAUGCAGACUGUGCUCCUCCAGUUGCUUCCCAAGUAUGCUUUCACAUUGGCGACCGAUGCCAACCUUCACCCGAAACUGACGGGCGUCACGAUCAAGCCGAGCAACUUGGUGAUGCACAUAUCGCGUCGCGCGCCAUCUUGUGCCGCAACUCUGUUCUGAGCGUGCCAGCAUUGCGCGCCUUUUCGCUGAGGAAAGAUCUCCGACACCAGUCAACGAACCCGUCGCAAUGGAUAUGUCAUCGUGACAUGUCGACUUAAAGACUCGAAAUUGGCUG